AUGGCGCUCACCAACACACGUGAUAUGCAGGUUGACCUUGGCGGAAACAGCAGCAACGGCGAAAAUAGCAGCAGUGGCAGCGGCAGCAGCGGCAGCGGCAGUGGCACAGCGGCGGUGGCAGCGGUGGCGGCAGUGGCAGCAGCAGUGGUAGCAGCAGCGGUGGAAGCGGCAGUGGUGGAAGCGGCAGCGGCGGAAACAGUGGUAGCGGCGGAAAUAGCAGCAUCGGCAGCAGCAUCGGAAACAGCAGCAGCGCCAGCAGCAGCGGCGGAAACAGCGGCAGCAGUGGCGCCGGCCGCAGCGGUGGAAGCGGCAGCGGCAGAAACAGUGGCAGCGGUGAAAACAGCGGCAGCGGCAGCGACGGAAGUGGCAGCGGGGGAAACAGCGGCAGCGGCAGCUGCGGCGGCGGUGGCGCCGCCGCCUGUUUAUAUCUUAAACAUACGUCUUAUGUGUAUGUCGUAA